AUGUCGCAGGGCAAGUUCCGUUCCGAGAAGGACACCUUCGGUCCUCUCCAGGUGCCCGCCGACCGCUACUGGGGUGCUCAGACCCAGCGAUCGCUCCAAAACUUUGACAUUGGCGGACCUCAGGAGCGCAUGCCCGAGCCCCUCAUCGAAGCCUUUGGUGUGCUCAAGAAGGCAGCUGCCACCGUCAACAAGUCGUUCGGUCUCGAUCCCAAGGUCGCCGAUGCCAUCUGCCAGGCUGCCGACGAGGUGAUCGGCGGCAAGCUGCACGGCCACUUCCCCCUGGUCGUCUUCCAGACCGGCUCAGGUACCCAGACCAACAUGAACGUCAACGAGGUCAUCAGCAACCGUGCCAUCGAGAUCCUCGGCGGUGAACUCGGAAGCAAGAAGCCCGUCCACCCCAACGACCACGUCAACAUGAGCCAGUCGUCCAACGACACCUUCCCCACCGCCAUGCACGUCGCCUCGGUCACGCAGAUCACCAAGUCGCUCAUCCCUGCUCUCGAGGAGCUCCGCGCUGCCCUCGACGCCAAGCGUGCCGAGUUUGACGACAUCAUCAAGAUCGGCCGCACUCACUUGCAGGACGCCACCCCGCUGACCCUCGGCCAGGAGUUCUCCGGCUAUGUCAAGCAGGUUGACAACGGCAUUGAGCGCGUCAAGGGCGUCAUCCCUCGCCUCUCGCAGCUCGCCCAAGGAGGUACCGCCGUAGGAACCGGUCUCAACACCUACAUCGGUUUCGACAAGAAGGUGGCCGCCGAGAUCUCCAACAUCACCGGCUUGCACUUCGAGACCGCCGAGAACAAGUUCGAGGCUCUCGCUGCUCACGAUGCCAUUGUCGAGGCUAGCGGUGCGCUCAACACCGUAGCGGUUUCCAUGAUGAAGAUCGCCAACGACAUUCGAUACCUGGGAUCUGGACCUAGGUGUGGGUUGGGAGAGUUGAGCUUGCCGGAGAACGAGCCUGGAUCGUCGAUCAUGCCGGGUAAGGUGAACCCUACGCAGUGCGAGGCUCUCACCAUGGUAGCUGCGCAGGUGAUGGGUAACAACACCACCAUUUCCGUCGCCGGUUCGUACGGUCAGUUUGAACUCAACGUCUUCAAACCCGUUUUGAUCAAGAACCUCCUCCAGUCCAUCCGUCUGUUGGCCGAUGGUGCCCGUUCCUUCACCAAGAACUGCGUCGUCGGCAUCGAGGCUAACAGGGAUACCAUCAACAAGAUCCUCAACGAGAGUCUCAUGCUGGCUACCAUCUUGAACUCGCACCUCGGUUACGAUAACGUGGCAGCGGCAGCGAAGAAGGCCCACAAGGAAGGGACCAAGUUGGUGGAGGCAACCGUGGCGUUGGGUUUCAUGACCGAGGAGGAGUUCAAGAAGAUCGUCAGGCCAGAGUUUAUGCUCGGCCCUACCGAGUACAAGGGUAAGAACUGA